AUGAGAACAGGAACCAAGCCACAUAAGGACAAACAAGAACAUACACGUGACAAUUAUGUUAAUUCAUGUUUUUCCCCCCAGGAUUUUUACAGCCACAGUAACUGGGUUGAAUUAGGUUACACAAGUCCAUAUGCCAACCUCAUCAAACCGGAUCUCAACAUUGAGAAGAUUGCAGACAUUGCAAUGCCAACAUGCAGUGACUGUGCCAGUGGUACCUGUCCAAACCAGCUGCUUCCUGCCAUUCUGAAUGGGAAGUACCUCACUUCAGGAUAUAUGGGCUUGUUCUCCCCUAAAAAACCUCAAGGAAAAUGUAGCCAUGGUGGGGAGACUGAUCUCAGCAGUAGCCAGAAUCCUCAAGGUGGGAUCAGUAAAGAUGAGAGCCAUUCCCAUAAUGCUAAUCUCCACAAGAAUGCUGUGAACCUGGCAGCUGAAGCCACAAUGGAGCUGCUAGAGGAUAUCCGUGGAGCUAUAGGAAACUAUAACUACCUUCG